CUCUAGUAGUUUGUACCGCUAAACCCAGAAAAGAUAAGAGAGGCUCUUCCCCAAUGAAAAAGCCGACUCAGACUCUAGUGGCUAAGAAGAGCUUCUUCCUUUUGUCAAGCAAUGAAAAAAGAGACUAGCCAGGAACGGAUAGUUCAAGUAAAUAUAAGUCACAAGGAAGGGUACAAGAAGUUACUUUCAUGUCUAAAGAGAUCACUGAGAAAGGCGAGAGAGAGAGAGAGAGAUGGAAGACUCGAGAGCUCAGGAGAUACUAAAGAAACGGAUCAGCAGCUUGUCAAAGGGAUCUGUAGGUCAUGACGCGGAGGUGGAGGCUACGAGGGGCGUCACGCUGCUCAAGCUUCGCAAAGGUUUUCUUCUCUGCGAUUUCCUCGUUCACAGUGGCGUAUCAGAUGAAAGUGGGAAGUGGCACCAGGGUGCGAUGACGACAUUGAUGGACGUGAUUGGAAGCUGGACGGCCUUCUCCUUCACAUCACAACCACAGCUCACUGUUCAACUCUCCGUCUCUUGCUACUCCAAGCCCGAUCUCCAGGAAGAGGUGGAAGUAGAAGGGAAAGUGAUGGGGGAGGAGGGAAGGAUGACGUCAGUGAGGGUGGAGGUGAGGAACAAGCGCCAUGGACGAAUGGUUGCCUUGGGGAUCAUGUGGAUGGCACCUUCUCAUCCCAAUAUUAACAUUCACAAGCCACUUUCUUCUAAACUUUAGCUCUUCUUUCUCUGUUUCUUUCCCAAUUUAUUUUUCACUCAUGGUUCUCGUGUAGCUUAUGUGAAUAAGUCACUCUCAUACUCAUAUCCCAUACAAAGGAAUAUCAAUACCGGGGGAGAAAAAAAAAACAUAAAAUGACUCUAAAAUUAUGCAUCAUUUAUUGUCAA